CUGGCUGACCUAGGGGCGCCAUCAUGGGAGUCGACAUCCGUCACAACAAAGACCGAAAAGUGCUGCGCAAGGAGCCCAAGAGCCAAGACAUCUACCUGCGGCUGCUGGUCAAGCUCUACCGGUUUCUGGCCAGACGCACCAACUCUACAUUCAACCAGGUCGUGCUGAAGCGGCUGUUCAUGAGUCGGACCAACCGGCCGCCUCUGUCCUUCUCGCGGAUGAUCCGCAAGAUGAAGCUUCCCGGGCGGGAAGGCAAAACAGCUGUGGUGGUGGGGACCAUCACAGAUGAUGUGCGUGUCCAGGAGGUGCCCAAGCUGAAGGUGUGUGCCCUGAGCGUGACUGGCCGUGCCCGCACUCGCAUCCUCAAGGCUGGGGGCAAAAUCCUCACCUUUGACCAGCUGGCCCUGGACUCCCUCAAAGGCUGUGGCACCGUCCUGCUUUCUGGUCCCAGCAAAGGCUGGGAGGUGUACAGGCAUUUUGGCAAGGCCCCAGGAACCCCACACAGCCACACCAAACCUUACGUGCGCUCCAAGGGCCACAAGUUCCAGCGGGCUCGAGGUCGCAGAGCCCCCAGCCGCGGCUACAAGAACUAAUCUGGAUCCUGCUUUGCUAUUAAAGAGUUUGGAUGCUCAAAAAAAAAAAAAAAAAAAAAAAAAAAAAGAA